UUUGAAAUAUAUAAUUCAUUAAUUGCUCUAUUGAUUGUUCCUGGAAUAAUAUAAAUAUGUAUUUAAUAAUAGUAGAGUAUGACUAUGAGUUGAAACUGAUCAGUUUCCCGCUAGCUCUAGGAAUAACCUUAAACAAUCCCCCUGAAACCAAGUUAGAAGGGUAUAAAUAUAUAAAUAUCUAUUUGGGGUUCAAAACAAACAAGUUUGAGUAGUGAUAGUACUAAUAAGUUAUACUACUAGCUAAUAAUAGUUAUAUUAGUACUAGUACAUACAGUAGUGUAUUGUACUAGUUUUGCAAUUGAAAUAGGUGUUAAGGUGGAGAAUAGCCAAAACGGGUUUGCCAGUGUGGAUGUUGGGGUUGGGUGCAGAUCGGUUGCGGGCCGAUAUGAGUCGUUUGCUCGCACUACUCUUUCACCAGGGAGUAUUGGAUGAGCAAUUCUUGCAGCUGCAACAGCUACAAGAUGAGAGCUCACCUAACUUUGUAUCUGAGGUUGUAAACAUCUACUUCCAUGAGUCUGAAAAACUCUUGAGAAAUCUCAGAAACUUACUGAUGGAUAAGGAGUUUUGGGAUUACAAGAAAAUGGGAAUCCAUUUGAAUCAGUUCAUGGGAAGCAGCUCUAGUAUUGGUGCUAAAAGAGUCAGAAGUGUUUGCGUUGCCUUUCGAGCCGCUUCUGAACAAAACAACCGUCCCGGGUGCUUGAGAGCUUUGGAGCUUCUGGAACAUGAAUAUUGUUACCUCAAGAACAAAUUACACGAACUUUUCCAAUUGGAACAGCAGCGAGCUAUGGCAGCUGGAGUUAGGUAUCCAAUGCAAAAUUAAAAUCAAGAGCCACAAAGUCUUCUUAGUUAAGAUAACAUAAAUUUAAAAAUCUAACUGAGAUAUAUAUAUAUAUAUAUCUCUUUUGUACUAUUUCUUACUCAUCAUCAAAACCAAGCGUUUUAAGUCUUGUCAAGUUGGAACAAGUUAAAGCACUACAACCACGGCCAGUACAGAAGUAGAAGAAGGGGUUAUUUUGUUUCAAAAGGAAAAAACUAGAAGAGAAAUAUUAAUUAAUGUCUAAAUAUAUAUAUAUUUAUCUUUUCUAGCUACCCACCUGCCCUUUAAUUUAAUCCUUAUUAAAUUAUAUAUAUGUAUUUAUGGAAUGUCCUAGUAUUUAUAUCUUUAAUUUCAUGUACGUUUUAAUGUUAUCUCUCUGGUUGUAACUGAUGAUAUCAAUAUUGAUCUUGAUAUAUAUGAAAGCAAGAUCAUGAAGACUUUUAAUUAAUUAAUAUAUAUAUUUAUUCUGCUGUUGUGAUUCUCAUAUCAAAGUUUUAAUUGUCAGCUUUAAAUUUGAUGAGUAAAUGCUAGUGGGAAGUAGUAGAGAGCUGUCACUUGUCACAUGUAAUCAAAUCUCAUAUCUCUAUUUAAUUUGCAUGUAUUUGGAAAGUUACGAAAAUGAUCGGCUCUAUAUAGAAAUAUGUAUCUUUUUUAAGUAAAAUCCCAUCAAUCAGUAAGAGCUAUAGCUUUGGACUUCGAAUCGAUAUACAAACUGUUUAAAUAUAUAAACGUUGAAUUCCUGAUUUUGAGUUUUGAGAGAGUCAAUAAAAAGAGGUUGGUUUUUAUGUAUGUAUUGUAUGCACGUAGAUUUGAAGUUUGACUGUGUAUUAACAGUAGUCAAUGUAUAUAUAGAUAGAUAUAUAGUUACACAGGAACCAAGUCUUAUUUGGACUGAGACAGACUUUUGUGGUCAGGGCGGCGCGCGUUGCCUAUAUAUGUAUCGUCUUUUGUUUUACUUUUCAUGCCCUUGUCAAAUUUUCAGUGAUUUAUUACCAUCUAGUAAUAUGGGCAUUCUUAUUUGACAUUAAUAGUGUCCAAUAAUUUUUACAGUGAUGUUUUAUAAUUAGUAAUUAGAUAUUUUUUAAAAAUUAUUUUUACUAAAUAAUAGUAAAAUAUCGAAAAAAAAAAGUGACACUUUUUAGUACUUCUUCUUAAUAAAGUAUUACUAUCUAAUAUUUCUAGACUUGUCAUUUUGAUAUUGUUUAGUAAUAUUUUUUUAAAAAUUAUUAUAUUAAAUUAUAUGAGUUAAAUCAGAUAUUCACAUAUAAGAAAAAUUAUUAUACACUACUUGUAUUCUUUAACAUUUCUUCUCAAUAAAAUACCUGUUUAAUAAAUUUUUAUCUGCAUAUAUUCACGAGAAAGCAGUAUGUUUAAGAUAAUUUUAUAAAAAAACAUCUAUGAAAUAAUUUGUCAAAAAACAAAAAAGUUGCAUAUGACACAUCAUAAUCCAAUAAUUAAUUCUUGAACUUAAAUUAAACGUAGAGAUUCUAAAAGAGGAAAAAAAUAAGGGAAAAUGGGCAAUAUAGCCCAAACUGAAAAUGGAUUCUAAUCUUAUUCAACAAAUAUCAUAAUUCAUAAAGACAUUGUCACCAACUUACA